CGUCGUCCAGCUAAGCUCCCCCAAAGUGUCAAUGUCUGGUGGGGUCGUCCUCCCUGCCCCCAUAUAGUGCCCCCACCAGGGCGGCCACCGGCGGACCCGCCCACCACUCGCUCCGGUGCUGUGACCGUGUCUCUUCUCACAACCUCUCAUCAGCUUCCUCCGUUGCGAUCGGAGCCUCCGGGGCUCCAUCCGGCCAUGGCGAAGCUCGCCCCCUGCCUGCUCCUCGUCUUCUUCUUCGCCGCCGCGGCGUACCUGGCGGCGGCGGCCCUGACGGACGUGUCGGCGGCGCUGUCGUCGGACCCGGAGAACAAGUGCGUGUACACGGUGUACGUGCGCACGGGGUCCAUCUGGAAGGGCGGCACGGACUCGACGAUCGGGGUGACGCUGCUGGGCGCGGACGGGUCCGGCAUCCGGAUCGCGGACCUGGAGCGGUGGGGCGGCCUCAUGGGCGCCGGCCACGACUACUACGAGCGCGGCAACCUGGACAUCUUCAGCGGCCGGGGCCCCUGCAUGCGCCGGGCCCCCUGCGCCAUGAACCUCACCUCCGACGGCACCGGCCCGCACCACGGCUGGUACUGCAACUACGUCGAGGUCACGGCCACGGGGCCCCACCUCGGGUGCGCGCAGCGGCUCUUCACCGUCGAGCAGUGGCUCGCCACCGACGCGCCGCCCUACCGGCUCUACUCCACCGUCGACAAGUGCAGCGAGAAGAAGCGCCGGGAGGACGCCGAGGCCACCGCCGCGACCGCUGCCGCACUGUGAACCGAAGCUAGUUCCAUGGCUUCGAUCACCUGCUGCGUCUGCCCUGCGCCCCCUAUGUAAUUAUUGUGAUCUCGCUCAUCGGAUUGCUAGUAGUACAGGAGAAUAAAACUAGCUACCGUCUCUUCAGGCUCCCAUUGCUGCCGGGCUGGGAGCUCGUGUUUGACUCGGCUGAGGUUGUUCGUAUGUCUGCGUCAGUUGAUUUGCCUUUGGAUGCGGUCUCCUGCCACUUGGCAUUGGUUUCUCCGUGUCUGUCUAUUGUGAUUGUGAUUUUUUGGUAGUGUUGGCAGAAUCGAUCAAUGCAGGAACCUUUGCCCUGUUA